GUCCCUGCCUGGGCCCGCAGCCUCCCCCUCGGGGGUCGGGCCCAGGCGGGGGGCUCCGAGCCGCUCGUUGCUCGCUGGCCUACGAGCCCCAUUUCCUGCCUUUUCAGUUUCCUUGGGGAGGGGCGAAGAGUCUGGAUGAAUUGUUCAGGGGGUCCCGGAUGAGGCGGACCGGGGGACGGUGCUCUUUGUAGAGGUCCCCGAGGGGCCCGGGUGGGAAGGGGUUGUCUUUGCAUGGGCGGGGCACUUCCCGAGCCUGCCGGGACCAUGACCUGAAGUGUGCGAACCGGACGCAUCCGAAGCCCAAGAGCCAGCUCACCUGAGCCAAUCCCUCCCCGGCCAGCAUGGCAUCUGAAGAAGCUUCCCUCAGGGCACUGGAAAGUCUGAUGACAGAAUUUUUUCACGAUUGUACGACCAAUGAAAGAAAACGUGAGAUAGAGGAGCUUCUUAAUAACUUUGCCCAGCAAAUAGGAGCUUGGAGAUUCUGCCUGUACUUCCUGUCCAGCACUAGGAAUGACUAUGUAAUGAUGUACAGCUUAACGGUUUUUGAGAAUUUGAUCAAUAAAAUGUGGCUUGGGGUCCCAUCCCAAGAUAAGAUGGAAAUCCGUAGCUGCCUGCCCAAACUCCUUUUGGCUCACCAUAAAACCUUACCUUACUUUGUCCGGAACAAACUUUGCAAAGUUAUUGUUGAUAUUGGACGCCAAGAUUGGCCAAUGUUCUACCAUGACUUUUUUACUAACAUUUUACAGUUGAUCCAGUCCCCUGUGACAACCCCUCUUGGGCUGAUCAUGUUGAAGACAACUUCGGAAGAGCUAGCUUGUCCCCGUGAGGACCUCAGCGUGGCUCGGAAGGAGGAGUUGCGGAAGCUGCUGCUGGACCAGGUGCAGACAGUGCUUGGGCUCCUGACAGGUAUCUUGGAGACUGUCUGGGACAAACACAGUGUUACUGCUGCCACCCCACCGCCAUCCCCGACCUCAGGAGAAAGUGGUGAUUUACUGAGUAACCUGUUGCAGAGUCCUAGUUCAGCCAAACUGCUGAGUCAUCCCAUCCCCCUCCUGGACAUGGAGAGUGAGUAUGUGUGUUCCCUGGCCUUGGAGUGCCUGGCCCACCUCUUCAGUUGGAUUCCUCUAUCUGCCAGCAUCACCCCAUCCCUCCUCACCACCAUCUUCCACUUUGCCCGCUUUGGCUGUGACAUCCGGGCCCGAAAGAUGGCAUCAGUAAACGGCAGUAGCCAGAACUGCUCUCUGGGUCAGGAGCGUGGCCGCCUGGGGGUCUUGGCCAUGUCCUGCAUCAAUGAACUCAUGUCUAAGAACUGUGUGCCUGUGGAGUUUGAGGAGUACUUACUGCGAAUGUUCCAGCAGACCUUUUACCUCCUGCAAAAAAUCACCAAGGAUAAUAAUGCCCACACGGUGAAGAGCAGGCUAGAGGAGCUUGAUGAGAGCUACAUUGAGAAGUUUACUGACUUCCUGCGGCUCUUCGUGAGUGUCCACCUCAGAAGAAUUGAGUCCUACUCCCAGUUCCCUGUAGUGGAGUUUCUGACCCUCUUGUUCAAGUACACUUUUCAUCAGCCUACUCAUGAAGGUUACUUCUCUUGUUUGGAUAUCUGGACACUGUUUUUGGACUAUCUGACAAAUAAAAUUAAAAGUCGGCUGGGAGACAAGGAAGCAGUUCUCAACAGGUACGAAGAUGCCCUGGUCCUCUUGCUCACAGAGGUGUUGAAUCGAAUCCAGUUUAGAUACAACCAGGCCCAGCUGGAGGAGUUGGAUGAUGAAACUCUGGAUGAUGAUCAGCAGACAGAGUGGCAGCGGUACUUACGCCAGAGCUUGGAGGUAGUGGCCAAAGUGAUGGAGCUCCUUCCCACACAUGCCUUCUCAACUCUGUUCCCAGUUCUUCAGGAUAAUUUAGAAGUUUAUUUGGGAUUACAGCAGUUUAUAGUCACUUCAGGAUCAGGACAUAGACUGAACAUCACAGCGGAGAAUGACUGCCGGCGCUUGCAUUGCUCCCUGCGAGACUUGAGCUCCCUGCUGCAAGCUGCGGGCCGAUUAGCUGAGUACUUCAUUGGGGACGUGUUUGCUGCAAGGUUCAACAAUGCCCUCACCGUCGUGGAGAGGUUGGUGAAAGUUACUCUGUAUGGAUCUCAGAUCAAACUGUACAACAUUGAAACAGCUGUGCCGUCAGUGCUGAAACCUGACCUUGUUGAUGUACACGCCCAGUCACUGGCUGCUCUCCAGGCCUAUUCCCACUGGUUGGCACAGUAUUGCAGUGAAGCCCAUCGGCAGAACACGCAGCAGUUUGUGACGCUUGUUUCCACCACUAUGGAUGCCAUCACACCGCUCAUCAGCACCAAGGUCCAGGACAAGUUGCUGCUGUCUGCAUGCCACUUACUGGUCUCACUGGCCACUACUGUGCGACCUGUCUUUCUCAUCAGCAUCCCUGCAGUACAGAAGGUGUUCAACAGGAUCACGGAUGCCUCUGCCCAGCGCUUAGUGGAUAAGGCACAGGUGUUGGUGUGUCGCGCACUGUCUAACAUCUUGUUGCUUCCAUGGCCAAACCUUCCUGAGAGUGAGCAGCAGUGGCCCGUGCGCUCCAUCAACCAUGCCAGCCUCAUCUCCGCACUCUCUCAGGACUACCGCAACCUAAAGCCCAGUGCUGCCUCUGCACAGAGAAAGGGGCCCCUGGAUGACACCAAAGUGAUCAUCCACCAGACACUGAGUGUCUUAGAAGAUAUUGUGGAGAGUAUAUCUGGGGAAUCCACCAAGUCCCGACAGAUCUGCUACCAAUCCCUGCAGGAAUCUGUUCAGGUGUCCUUGGCCCUUUUUCCAGCUUUUAUCCAUCAGUCAGAUGUGACUGACGAGAUGCUGAGCUUCUUCCUCACUCUGUUCAGAGGCCUUAGAGUUCAGAUGGGUGUGCCUUUCACAGAACAGAUCAUACAGACUUUCCUCAACAUGUUUACCAGAGAACAGUUGGCUGAGAGCAUCCUCCAUGAAGACAGCACUGGCUGCCGGGUAGUGGAGAAGUUCCUGAAGAUCCUGCAGGUGGUGGUGCAGGAGCCUGGCCAGGUGUUCAAACCCUUCCUCCCCAGCAUCAUCGCCCUGUGCAUGGAGCAGGUGUACCCCAUCAUUGCCGAGCGCCCUUCCCCUGAUGUGAAGGCUGAGCUGUUUGAGCUCCUCUUUCGGACACUCCAUCACAACUGGCGGUACUUUUUCAAGUCUACUGUCCUGGCAAGCAUGCAGAGGGGGGUUGCUGAGGAGCAAGUGGAGAAUGAACCCCAGUUCAGCGCCAUCAUGCAGGCUUUUGGACAGUCCUUUCUCCAACCUGACAUCCACCUUUUCAAACAAAAUCUCUUUUACUUGGAGACUCUCAACACCAAGCAGAAACUUUACCACAAGAAGAUCUUCCGGACCACCAUGUUGUUCCAGUUCGUGAAUGUGCUGCUCCAGGUCCUGGUUCACAAGUCCCAUGACCUUCUGCAAGAGGAGAUUGGCAUUGCCAUUUACAACAUGGCCUCUGUCGACUUUGAUGGCUUCUUUGCAGCCUUCCUUCCAGAGUUCCUGACCAGCUGUGAUGGCGUGGAUGCCAACCAGAAAACUGUGCUGGGGCGGAAUUUCAAGAUGGAUCGGGACCUGCCCUCGUUCACCCAGAAUGUACACAGGUUGGUCAAUGACCUACGCUACUACCGACUCUGCAAUGACAGCCUGCCCCCUGGCACCGUGAAGCUCUAGGAGCACCUGCAGCCUUUCCGGCCUGCUCACUGCCCGAGGGAUGCACCUGCGGCCCCACCCCCUGCACCAACCACCACCUGCGCCUGUGCCACGGAAGUCUCCCAGAGAAGCCUUGGCUACUCCCUGAGCAGACGGCCUGCCUCUGACCUCUCCUGCUGCUACCAGCAGAGUGGGCCUCAGGGUCCACUUGACACUGGUAGAGUGCCUGGGUGUUUGGAGCUGGCAGAGGGUCAUGUGGCCAGGUGCCAGGGAGGUACUGGGAGAUCUCAUAGAUCUCCAUGCAGAUCAUGUGCUUAUCAGUCCUGUCCAGAGCCACCAAGGACAGCUUACAACAGUGCCACCUUCUCACCAUAUCAGUCCUGUCCAGAGCCACCAAGGACAGCUUUCGACAGUGCCACCUUUUCACCAUUCCACCUCCCCACCCUGCCCGGCCCAGCCGGCCCUGGAGAGACUCGGCACCAAGAUGGUUUCUGUCGAGCCUCCCGCCCCUCCGAUUGCCUUGAAGUCUCUGCCCUUUGUCAGAGAUUCAGAGACUAGUUUUUGUUGAUGUUUUCUCAUCAUUCCAUUGUGAUACUAAGAAACUCAGAAGCUUAAUGAAAAAAUAAAAUGCUUAAGUUGUUGUUAUAUAAA